AUGUCUUCUCCGACUCUCACUCGCACCGAGACCCUGAGUCUCUCCUCUCUCUCCUUCGCCGCUCUAGCCGUCCUCCUCAACACCUUUCAAGGCGAUGGCGAACCCCUCAUCGCAUCCCUUUCGCUCUCCGUCCUGGCCUUCGCCCUCUCCUACUCCAUGAUCCGCUGGCUCGGCCCCGUCUUCAUUCGCGCAGGCUUCAAAGGUCGCGACCUCUCGAAACACCACCGCCCCGAGCUGCCGGAAUGCAUGGGCGCCGUGUGCGCCGCCGUCUACCUACUCGUCGUCAUCGUCUUCAUCCCGUUCCCAUUCUACAAGGACAUCGUCGCUGCCACUAGCGGUGGAGGAAACAGGGACGUGGUACUGCAAGUCGAGCACGUUCAGGAGGGAAGGUUCCUGCAUCGGUUCCCUCAUAGCAAGCUCGCUUCUUACCUCUCCGCCAUAAUCGCUCUCCAAACCACCGCGCUGCUCGGCAUAGGCGACGACCUCUUCGAUAUCCGCUGGCGCCACAAGUGGUGGAUUCCAGGCCUGGCUUCGAUACCCAUUCUCGUAAUCUACUUUGUCGACUUCGGCGUCACCUCCAUCGUCAUCCCGAUCCCCCUUCAGCCCUACCUCGGAGAGCUCUUCGACCUCGGCGUGCUCUACUACAUCUACAUGGCCUGCAUCGCCAUGUUCUGUCCGCAGUCGAUCAACAUGUUCGCAGGCAUAAAUGGCAUCGAGGUCUCUCAGUGCAUCGUCGUCUCCCUCCUCCUCGUCCUCAACGAUUGUCUCUACCUCUUCACCCCUUACCCGCACCCGGCGACCGACUCCCACCUUUUCUCUCUCUACCUCCUCCUCCCCUGGGUCGGCGUCUCUUUCGCCCUCGUCGCACACAACUGGUACCCCGCCAAAGUCUUCGUCGGCGACACGUACUGCUACUUCUCCGGCAUGGUAUUCGCGACCGUCGGCAUCCUCGGCCACUUUUCAAAGACGCUCGGCCUGCUGCUCGUCCCCCAGCUCUUCAACUUUCUCUACUCCACCCCGCAGAUCUUUGGCCUCAUCCCCUGCCCUCGCCACCGCCUGCCCAAAUUCAACGCCCGCACUGGCCUUCUCGAGCCAAGCGUCACCCCCUGGAGCCCCGAGCGCCAACCUCAUCCUCUGGUCGCCCAGGGUCUUCACCUCCUAAGCAAGUUGCGCCUGUUGAAAAUCACAACAGAUGAGAAGGGCAGCUUCGUAGAAACGAGCAACUUCACUCUGCUCAAUCUCUGGUUGGUCUGGAGAGGACCCCUGAGGGAGGACCGCCUGGCGUGGGAGGUAACCUUCCUCCAGGCAUUCGUAGGCCUCUUUGGCCUAUUCGUGCGUCAUCGCCUUGCUCUGCUCAUCUUUAAGGAGGAUAACUGGGGUAUGACGACCAAACGAUACUAA